ACUCAUCAUAAUUAGAAUCAUCAAUCUACCAAGAAUCAUAAUCUUCCUACUACAUUACAAUUUCCCAUCUCCCAGUGAUGAGAAUAUCAAUUAACAGUGAAAAUAAUAUUUAUCUUUCUCUCUUAGUUAACUAAUUACAAUCAAGCUUAAUUCAUUUAGAAUUUUCCAGUUUUAAUCCAAUUUAAAUUGUUCACAUUGAUUUACCAUCAUCACUGAAUCUCUCAAACCUUUCAACCAAUCAACAAAAUUAAAUUGUUAAAUAUUAACAAGUGAUGGUUAUGGGUUAACAAUUUAACUUUACACUCUAAACUUUUAAUGUUUAAUUGUUCAUGUUAAUUGUUGCUAUUAUUAUUAUUGGCUGAUAUUGUUCACCUUUGAUUGUCCUUCAUAUCAAAUUAAAGGUUAAAUUAUGAGUGUUACAAUCAACAUGAUAGGAAAUAGUGAAAAGGACAACAAUCAACAACGAGAAAUUAAAUUAACCAUUCAAAUUGUGAUCAAUCAAAAUUUGAAAAAAUCUUUUACCCUUCAAAUGAUUAACAAAUUGGUUUACUAUUUACUUUAAUUGUAAAUUAAGAAAACGAUUAACUAUCAUGUUCCAAUCUGAUGAACGUGAUUAAUUACUGUGAUUAAAAGUUUAAUCAGAUUUAAUUUUUUCCCUCCUCCUCUUCUUAAUUGUUUAAUCUAUUGAUUUAAUUUGUUAAAUUGUUAAAAUUAACAACGAAAAACGCAAAAACAAAACUAAUCAUGUUAAUCAAUUCACUUGAACCAACAAUCAAUGCAAUUAAAUGUCAUAAACAUCAACGACGAAAAUUUAUCAAUCCAAUUUGUUAUUAUGAUGAUAGUUUAUUUUUUGGCUUUAUUUUAAUCACUGUUAUUGUUUUAAUUGUUCUAGUUAAUCAAGUAAAUGGUAAACCAAAUUGUACAGUUUGUGGAGGACACACUGAUUCCUGUACGUUAAUUGAUCGAUGUACAGGUAAUUGUAAUGAUAUAAUUUCGAUUAAUUAUCCAUCUCAUUAUCCGAAUAAUUAUCGAUGCCGAUGGGAGAUUCGAGCUGAUGAAGGUUAUUAUAUUAAUCUGACGAUAAACGAUUUUGACGUUCCGGGUUCAGAGACUCCUGAUGCAGGGGAUAAGAAGACGUGUCUCUUUGAUCAUGUUUCGUUCUUUGAUUCCAAAUUUAACCGGCUGAUCGGUCGAUUCUGUAAUUCCCUGUUACCUGGACAUUAUGUUGUCUCACCUUGGAAUCGAUUAAGAAUUGAUUUCAAUACGGACAUUAAAGGUGCCGGGAGAGGUUUCAAUUUUACUAUUAACAUUGCCAAGUUUACCCUUGACCCUGAAUUGAUUCCUCAUUUGACCGCUCCAACAGCGGCCUGUCCACAUUUAUGGGAAUUUUAUAAAGGUCAUUGUUAUCGUGCCUACAAGGAGCAGGAAUCGCCACUUCAAUGGUACAAAGCGGAGGAGAAAUGUUCCGAUGCUGGUAAAGGUCGUGAUGGUCAUUUGGUGUCCAUUCUUGAUGGCAAGGAAAUGAGGGUUGUCCAUCACUUUCUGACCUCCAUUUGGAACGCUACACCUCAUCAAUCCUUUUAUAUUGGACUGAUCGAUGUUUCCAAGGAGGGUGUUUAUCGUUGGUCGGAUAACAAUCCAAUGUCUUAUACCGAUUGGGCGAAAGGCUUUGGUUUCCAAGGUGUUAGUGAUCUGAUUACCGCUCCUCAGCCCGAUGGUGGAGCUUAUGAAGAUUGUACCAUAAUUAAAUUUUCCUCGAUCCAUUCGACUGAUGGUUGGCACGAUGUUCCCUGUUCAUUGGGGAAAAAUUCAUUCCUCAAUUUAUCGUCUAAACAUUUCGAAGAUGUUGUCGAUAGUUAUAUAUGUAAAAUGGACGCAUCAGUGGCCUCAUUUAAUAUUCCACCGACACGAGAAGCCUUGUAUGAUGAUGUUAUCGUUCCCGAGGAAAAGGUGAUUCGUUCACUGGCCGUAAAGGAAAAGUAUUUCGUCUGUGCCAAUCUUGAGGUUAUUUCGAUACUUCAACUUUGCGAUGGAUCAGCAACUUGUCGUGAUGGUACCGAUGAGUUGGACGAAUGUCCUUCCGUCGGCGGAUCAAAUCAACGAUGUUUACCUUUCCAGUUUCGUUGUAAUAACCGAAGGUGUAUUUCAAUUGCGUUAACAUGUGAUUUUGUUGACGAUUGUGGUGAUGGUUCAGAUGAGAAAAAUUGUUACAUACGAACCUGUAAAUCUAAGUCUGAAUUUAAAUGUGCUUCUGGUCAGUGUAUCCCAAUAGCCCAAAGAUGUGACCUACUUGCCGAUUGUAAAGAUGGAUCAGAUGAGAAUCCAUCGAUUUGCACUUCAAGUGGAUAUUGUCCCUCAAGUACUUUCCAAUGUUACUAUGGUACUUGUAUUCCUCUUUACGCUGUUUGUGAUCAUCAUCGUGAUUGUCCAGGUAAAUUUCACGAAGAUGAACAAGAGUCAUCAUGUUACAUGAUGUCCAAUCGUUCAGCACUUUCAAUUCCAGCAUUAUCAUCAUCAUCAUCAUCAACCGCUCUUCAACCUCUUUCAUCAACAUCCUUUUAUCACUCUUAUCAACGAUUCUCUGGUGAUUUAAAUUGUGCCUCAGGUCAACGAAUUGACCCUAAAUUCAAGUGUAUCUACGAAUUUGAUCAGUUCGGUUAUCAGGUUGGAUGUCGAGAUGUUACUCAUCUUCGAGACUGUGAAAAGUUUAAUUGUUCAAAGGAUUAUGUUAAAUGUCCAAACUCUUAUUGUAUUCCACCGAGAUAUAUUUGUGACGGAAAACGGGACUGUAUCGGUGGGGAAGAUGAAACUCGGUGCGGUACAUUUGUUUGUCCAGGCCAAUACAAGUGUAUCAAUCAUCCUUCGUGUAUACUUUUACAUCAACUUUGUGAUGGUAUCCGACAUUGUCCAGGAGGCGAUGACGAAUGGUUUUGCAAUUUAACUUGUCCAUCUUUGUGUUCGUGCAUUGGCCUUUACACUAAUUGUACAAUGUCCAAUUUCACCACUUUACCGCGUAAUCUAAGCUCCGAGGUUCGGAAAUUAGACUUGACCGGUAACUUUCUUGGCCCGGGAAUGGACUCAUUUCAAAUAGAUUUCAGUCCGUAUGUUCAUCUUAUCGAACUGAUUCUUCAAUCCAACGAGAUUCAAAUUUUACGCCGUCGACAGUUUGUUGAUCUUAAAGAUCUUCUCCUUCUCGAUUUAAGGUACAACCAAAUCAAGAUAAUCGAAUCUGCUUCUUUUGCUGGAUUAGUUCGACUUAAUUCACUUCUUCUGGACGGUAAUACUAAUCUAUCCGAAAUCGAACCGAGAGCAUUUAUUGGCUUAUCUGAACUGAAAAUACUCAACAUAACUGGUUCGUUGGUACGAACUCUUCGUGCCAAUGUUUUCAUGGGCCUUACAAAUUUGCAGAAUCUUGAACUUCGUUCAAAUCGGUUAGAAGUCGUUGAAUCUGGUUGUUUCACCGGACUAACAUCGGUAACAAUUCUUGACCUUCAAGGAAACGAUAUCAGAUCAUUUAAGAAGGAUGUUUUCAAUGGACUUGAAUCACUUCGUUACCUUUACACAAAUUCAUUUAAAUUUUGUUGCCUUGUAGCGGACAAACCAUUUAAUAUCCCAUUCGAACGAUGUUUACCUUUACCUGACGAAAUUUCCGAUUGUGAAGAUCUAAUGUCAUCGCCGAUUCAACGAUAUUUCCUUUGGAUUUUAGGGUCAGUCGCUCUUAUAUGUAAUCUUUCAGUUGUAAUUUGGCGAAUUCGAUCUCGAGCUUAUUCGAACAAAGUUUCGUCUACUUUGAUUCUCUCCCUUGGUUGUGCCGAUGUCCUAAUGGGCAUUUACAUGCUGAUCAUUGCUUCAGUUGAUGUAUAUUACAGAGGUCGUUACAUUGAAGUGUCGGACGUUUGGAGGACCAGUUACCUGUGUAAAUUUUGUGGCUUCUUGUCAACAGUUUCAAGUGAAGCCUCGGUGUUCACUUUGGUCUUCAUUGCCAUCGACAGAUUGAUUUGUAUCUGUUUCCCGUUCUCAAAGUACCGACUCACCUUGCGAUUCACUUAUAAAUUAAUUAUUGGUAGCUGGAUUUUAGCAUUGGCCAUUAGCAUUUUACCUUUACUGGUCAAUCGUUAUUUUCAAGGUCAGUUCUAUGCUCGAUCAGGCGUUUGUCUGGCUCUUCAUAUAACUAAUCAAAAAGCCGCUGGCUGGGAGUAUUCAUUUGCUGUAUUUGUGAUUCUUAAUUUACUUGCCUUCAUUUUAAUCGUUUCCUGUUAUGUAUAUAUGUACAAAAUUAUCCUCGAAUCAUCAAGACGAUUAAGUCAAGUUAAAUCUCGACAAGUUCGUGAACGUCAGGUUGGCCGACAAAUGGCUCUAAUCGUUGGAUCUAACUUCCUCUGCUGGUUUCCAAUCAUUGUAAUGGGCUUAUUGGCAAUUAACGGGCACCGUUUACCCGCUACCGUUUACUCAUGGACAGCGGUUUUCAUACUUCCCCUUAAUUCAGCUACAAACCCAUUGGUUUAUACACUUGCCUACUUCCGGCCGACCCUUUUCAACAAUCAGAGACGUGACUCAUUAACAAAUCGUUUAUUGACCUCAAAAAAUGCCAAUUCAGUUAAUCAGCCUAAAAUUAUGCGACCUCUUAAAUCCCCGUAUGGCUACAUGAGUUUGACCAAUUUCCUUAGAGAAAUGACCAAUACUGAGGCUCGAUUCCUCUUGGAAAUUAGUUGCUCUUUAGCUGAACAGAUUAAAGAGAUUCACGAAAAAGGUUAUGCUCUUGGUGGAAUUGAUUUGGAUAUUAUUUUCGUCUCAUCAACGGUUGAUUCUCAAUACCUUCGAGUAUAUCUUCCCGAAUACAAUGCAUUCAAGGUAACAUCGACUUCGGAGACUGACGAUUACGCUCUUGAUAUCGAAGAGUUUGGACUAUUGGUUAAACGAAUGCUACGAAUUUAUCAUUUUCGCAGAAAUUUGUCAUUCACUGCAAACCAUAGCUCUUAACUAUAAUUCUUUGUUUAUAUCUAAAAUAAUCUAAAUUAUAAUGACAGUAAAAUGUCACUAAUCUAAUUCAUGUUCAUUGUAGAUAAACAUCAAUUCGAUAAUCAAACAUUGACCAUCUUCAUCUCACUUCCUCAUGACCAUCACAAUCUAUUAAUUAUUUAUUGUUAAUCAAAAUCUCCUCAACUUUUUUUUUGCUUCUUCGAGUUGAUCGAAAAACAAACAAUACAAAUUUCCCCAAUUUCCAAUGAUUAAUUGUCUUUCUAUCAAACAAUUAGUGAUCCAAUCAAUUAACCAUUUAUCUUAAAUGAGAUUAGCCUAAUAGAUGAAUGUUUCCCCAUCACUGUUAAGUUUAAUUGUCAACAAUUAACAACACCAAAUCCACAACAAUCAAAAAACAAGAUUCAUAAUUAUAUAAAUAUAAUUUUUGCUAAUCCUUUUUUUUGUGUAAAUUUAAUUUUGUAAUAUUUUUCUAAUCAACUAACUAAUACAAUUAAAUGUAAAUUGUUGUCCAGUCAAAUUGUACAACGAUUCAUAAAGCACAAUGAAAAACAUUUAACAAUCAUUUUUGAUUGAUUGUUAAUUAGCUGAUAGCAAUUAAUCUGAAAUCAAUCAGAGAAAUUAGAAAAUAAAAUUUUACAAUGAGAAAAUUAA